GGCGAGUCUCGGGCAGUAUGGCUUCGGCUGCCGGUGCGUGUGCGUUAGCGGUAAUUCGUGGUGUUACACCGCGUUCUCGGUCGCGGGUGUGCGUGCUCCGUUCCGUGAGCGAGGACGAGGACGAAGGUUUGUGGUGAAGGACCGGGGAUAAACGGGGCGCCAGCCGGAUCGGCCGGGACGAGAGACGUGAGACGCGAAACGGCGAGGAUCGGUGCAGCCAUGCGGCGGAAUGUCAAGAUCGCGUUACUCCUGUCAUGCGCGUGGAUGUUCGCCUUUGUUUACUACUACCACACGUCCAGGGACACGAAGCAGAACGAAAACAGGGCCUUGCGGCUGAAAGAGCCCGCAUCCCUGGCGCUCACCGCCAGCGGCAAUUCCGGCAGCUACGUGGAUCCAGACGGCACAGCCAUCGUGAUGUCGUCCGAGCUUCUACCUGCACCAACAUCGGAUCCGAGAGUCACGUGGAAUUACUUCGACGAACAGGGGUACGUCUCGAGGGGCGGUCUGCGAGCGGGCGAGGACCCAUACGCGAGGAAUAAGUUCAAUCAGGAAGCCUCCGACGGUCUCCCGAGCAACCGUGACAUACCCGACACUCGCAGCGCCAUGUGUAGGAUGAAACAAUGGAGACGGGAUCUGCCGCCGACUUCCGUUAUAAUUACUUUUCACAAUGAGGCACGGUCUACGCUACUCAGAACCGUUGUCAGUGUGCUGAAUAGAAGUCCUGAACAUCUUAUUAAAGAAAUCAUACUGGUAGAUGAUUUCAGCGAUCACCCUGAGGAUGGCGAAGAAUUAUCGCGCAUUCACAAAGUUCGCGUAAUCAGAAACGAAAAGAGGGAGGGUCUGAUGAGAUCGCGUGUUCGCGGCGCGGAUGCGGCUACCGCGAGCGUGCUGACAUUUUUGGAUUCGCACUGCGAAUGUAACGCCGACUGGCUCGAGCCACUUCUGGAGAGGGUGGCGGAGGACCCAACAAGGGUGGUGUGCCCGGUGAUCGAUGUUAUCAGCAUGGAUACUUUCCAAUAUAUCGGAGCCUCCGCUGAUCUCAGGGGUGGUUUCGAUUGGAGUUUGGUCUUUAAGUGGGAGUAUCUCAGCCAAGCAGAACGGCAAGCGAGACAAAAGGAUCCGACGCAAGCCAUUAGGACCCCUAUGAUUGCUGGCGGGCUAUUUGUCAUUAACAAAGCGUACUUCGAGAAACUCGGCAAAUACGAUACCCAGAUGGAUGUCUGGGGCGGCGAAAAUCUCGAAAUAUCGUUCCGCGUGUGGCAAUGCGGUGGCAACUUGGAGAUUAUCCCCUGCUCACGUGUGGGCCAUGUAUUCCGCAAGCGUCAUCCUUACUCGUUCCCCGGGGGCAGCGGAAACGUGUUCGCUCGGAACACGAGGCGCGCUGCCGAAGUAUGGAUGGACGACUACAAGCAGUUCUACUAUAACGCCGUGCCGCUGGCACGGAACAUCCCUUAUGGAAACAUACAAGAUCGAAUGGAGCUAAAACGGAGACUGCACUGCAAGCCUUUCAGCUGGUAUCUGAAGAACGUGUAUCCCGAGUUGGUCAUCCCUACGAGCGAAGGUGGUCCAGGGGGUUCUCUGAAACAGGGUACCGCCUGUCUCGACAGUAUGGGCCAUCUCCUCGACGGAAACGUGGGCCUCUAUCCCUGUCACGAUACCGGCGGUAACCAGGAAUGGGGCCUGACGAAGGACGGCCUGAUCAAGCACCACGAUCUCUGCCUGACGCUGCCGGUGUACGCCAAAGGCACGACGCUGCUGAUGCAGAUCUGCGACGGUAGCGAUAAUCAAAAGUGGCGACACUUGGAGGGUGGCUUGAUACGCCACACCAGAAUACCCGUGUGCGUGGACUCGCGGUAUCACGCGCAACGCGGCAUCACCGCAGAGAAGUGUGACUCGAACGCGGAAACGCAGAGGUGGCAUCUCUACAACCACAAUCACUAGCUGAUAUGGUUGCGGUGAACGCGCCAGUUACCUCUCGUGGACUCUCACAUGGCGCCACGCACCGCAUCAUCAUCAUCGUCACCCUAACGAGGGCCGAUCGCGUCAGAUUGUGUCAUCUAAUUAAGCGCUAGACUUGUUUGUGCGCGCGACCAGAUUGAUCGAUCCCGACAGGCUGCUUGUCGUAGACCGGCGCGAUAUCUUCGCGCGCUAAUGGUGACUCUUUGUGGGCUCCCGGAUGAUAUCGAUCGAAGUCCAUUUUGUACCGUGCUAACUUGCAGGUUCUCGACGCAGCACGUUCUACGAGACUCGGAUGAGAUCUCACGUUGAGUGGAAGAAAUGCAAGAGUGUGUUUGAGUAACUUGGGAAAAAAAGAUUGACGAAGUUCUGAGAUAAUAAUAAUCGAUAAGCUUCAGUUUGGAUAUUCAUCGGGAGUACUGUCGCUUUCGAUCGUUUUCUUAGGCACUAAUAAGACAUUCGAUCUUACGAUUCCACUUUUAUGACGACGGAUGAUUAACUGACUGAGGUUGAAGUCAGUUUCGCGAUGGAUGUGUGCGCGCGUGAUAAGUGUAAAAUUAUUUAUAAUAAAAUAAUGUAGAAAGCGCGAAAGUGGAGCGUGUGCGCGAACAGUGAUAAUGCGAAAGCCGCAACCAAAGCUGCACACUGAUUGGCGAUUGCAUUUUCAUUCUCGGAUCUAAUCCAGGAAUUAUGAUACUCCACACGUAUCGCGCUCGUGCGAUCGAUUUAAACGGGCGAAAGUCAUACUGUUACGAAUGCUAUCUUUAAUACUUGCAGCUUCGAAAAAAUAAAAAGAGAAUUCAAAAAAUCUCGUAUUUUCGAGGUACAAUGCAUUAUGAAAGAUUGAGCGUCUAUAUUAAUUAAGAUACAAUUGAAGUGCAUAUAUGCGAUGCAGCUUUCAUGCACUUAUGACACUUGAGACUCAAACUUAUUCCUCUGAGGAAUACACGUUACUUAAGCUGACUUUUAGCGUUACGCACUCGCAAUCAUGCAAUUAAUUCUUCAAUUCGCGAUAUCGUUGAUCUCGAAACUUACUUAAAAGUAAACUGAAGAAUUGAGUCGACAAUGAAAAUUGAAGAGUUAAAUUGGAACCAAUCGAUCUAUAAGAUAUACUCUCGAAUAUCGAUUAAUUUUAUAGUGCAAUCUAAAUUCAUGAGCUUUGUUUUAGUUGCACCUUAACCUGGAUUUAAAAAUCCAAGGUUAUGAAAAUCGAUAAUCAAGUCAUUUCUCUGGGUAUGUCCAAUCGGCGGGCAGCUCAUCCUUCUUUUUUAUAUUUAUUAUACAUGCAAUCUUUUAAAUGAAGAAAGCCAGGCUUUUGCACCUGGCAUUACUAAUUAUCGGUUUUGAAUAACCGAUAGUUUUAUUACAAACGUUUUGAGACUAUGCUUUUAACUAGAUAAUUCCCGAAGAAACUUCUGCAAAUUACACAAGCGAAGAAAUGAUACGAAGUAUCGAUUACAAUAAAGUUAUUAUUGUUUCAUGUUAUAUGUGGAUUGGAAUAUUUUAAUUGUUAAAUUUUUUUUAUAUAGUGUACAGUAAAACUCUUCCAUACUCUCUUUAGACGUUUUGAAAUACAGUUUGUCAUUGUACGCAAACUAUAUUCGGAGAUUUACGACGGGAUCUGCGUUGAUCUUGAUUUGAAGUGAGAGUAUAAAAUGCAAGAAGCUUCUUCUCAGCGGCUAGUAUUACUAUAUUCGCCAGACUCAAAAUCAGACGACCAGAUCUCUACAAUUUAUCUUCAUCUGAUCCUAAUGUGUACGUACAACGCAUCUCUAAUCCGCCGAUAUCAUUUUCCUCAAUCAAACAAAAACAUUGCGGCGAAUAAAUAAAAUGCUUUUCCAUUAAAAAGCAUGCGCUAUGACUCGCAGGAGAGCUUUAUUUUUGUAAUCAAUUGUAUAUUUGCUUGGUUGUGUGAAUAGAAAACAAAAAGCGCGGGCUAAUCGGGGUGUACGAGCAUGCUUAACAUAUUGUAGGAUUUUACAAAAGUAGACGAGUUCGAGGAAAUUCGUUCUUUUUAUUCGUACCGUUAAUUUCCUAAUUUUCUGAAACAAAAUUUUGAUUCUUCAGAUAUUUCAUUUCUCCUCAUUCUUUCUUGUAACGAUAACGUUAACAAUAUUACGGCUAACGAAGAAGUUCGAUCUCCUAAUAAGAGUUAAAUAAACAACGCAAACGCGAAAGAAAUUCCAAGGAUCGAAUUGAAUCUAAAAAUCGAAUGCAGCGCUGCACGAAUCUAUAAUAAUACUCGCCUACAACGUGUUAAGUGAAUCAAAAUGAAAGUUGGCGCGACUAAUAUAUACAUAUAUAUAUAUAGCAAUACAUGUUAGCAGACGCGAUCUUUUGUACACUUAUACUUUCCGACGAUAAUAUCUUACUGCCGUUGCUUCACGCUGGGACUACAAAUACCGAA